AUGACUUCCACCACCGCCUACGAACUUCCGUGGGUAGAGAAAUAUAGGCCAAUAGUCCUUGACGAUGUCGUUGGCAACUCUGAUACCAUCGAGCGGCUCAAAGUCAUUGCAAAGGAUGGAAAUUGUCCACAUAUCAUCAUUUCUGGUAUGCCAGGUAUCGGUAAAACGACGAGCAUCCACUGUUUAGCCCACCAACUGUUGGGCGACGCGUAUAAAGAGGGUGUAUUGGAGCUCAACGCCUCUGAUGAACGUGGCAUUGAUGUUGUACGAAACAAAAUCAAGACUUUUGCUCAGAAAAAAGUCACUUUACCCAAAGGACGACAUAAGAUCGUAAUUCUGGACGAAGCCGAUAGUAUGACUCCUGGUGCCCAACAGGCAUUACGGCGGACAAUGGAGAUAUAUUCUAACACAACGCGUUUCUGUUUGGCUUGCAAUAUGAGCAACAAGAUCAUCGAGCCCAUUCAAAGUCGUUGUGCUAUCCUCCGGUAUGCGAAGUUACGCGACCAGGAGAUUCUGAAGCGGCUCAUUGAGAUUUGCGACAUGGAGAAGGUUGAACACAGUGACGACGGGCUCACUGCGCUCAUAUUUACUUCGGAGGGCGACAUGCGACAAGCAAUCAACAACCUGCAGUCAACACACUCUGGGUUCGGCUUUGUUUCGAGCGACAAUGUUUUCAAAGUGUGCGAUCAGCCACAUCCCAUCAUUGUGCAGACCACCAUUCGGGCGUGCUUAAAAGGGGACAUCGCUACCGCUAUGGACAAACUGAACGAGUUAUGGGAGCAGGGUUACAGCGCGGUCGAUAUCGUUGUAACGAUAUUCCGUGUGGUCAAGACAUUUGACGAAAUCCCGGAAUAUACCAAACUGGAAUAUAUCAAGGAGAUUGGUUUCACGCAUAUGAGGAUAUUGGAAGGUGUUGGCACAUUAUUACAGCUGGCAGGGCUGAUCUCGAGGCUGUGUAAGAUGAAUCUAAAGGACGAAUUGUUCGUUGUGUAA